AAGUGAUCGGCUACAUCCAACUUGCUUGCAUGCAAUCCAUCCCUCUAAAACCUGCCUCAGCUUCACUGGCAUCACCAAAUAAUGCGGACGCAUUCCCAGGAAUAUUGAACACCAAAAUAACGUUGCAAAUGGACCGUCAGAGAUCAGUCAAAGGCAAGAAACGAGCAAGAGCUUCGUCCCCGAGCUCUUCUUCACUUUCUUCCAUACAUUCGGAAUCUCCUGUCAUCGCGCCUCCAUUGAAAAAACCUAAGAGAGCAGAGACAAGGCCCUGCCCGGCAUGUACAGAAUUGAUCCCUGUGCGUCUGCUUGCUGCUCAUGCGGCUCUUGAAUUGCAAAGGGUCGAAGACAUCAUUCGGCAUAUUGGUGAAGCAGAGGUCUUGGCAGAAGCUGAUGACUUAGAAGAAGGCCCGAGCAACCGCGCCCGACGCUCUGCACUGAAGGCUCGUAAAUUCUUUACGACCUCUAUCCCUUCCUCGUCCACGUCUCCUUCCGCCAUAGACAAGACUAUUCAAAUUAUUACGCGUCGACGAAAAGCACGACAUGUGCGCCUCAAAGAGCUUGCUAAAGAGCAUGAAGCAGAGUCCUGGAUCUUAGAAGUUGAGGGAGGGACGUCAUGUCCUGUGUGUGCACAGGUAGUCAGAGGCGACCGGGAUGUCAUUGAGGCACAUGUGGAUGCAUGUCUAGUCCAUGAAAGUACUAGGUUGGAACGAGAGCGGCUACAUGAUGAGGAAGAGGACCUCGAUAUAGGUGGUGGCGGAGGUAGCGUUAGGACAAGAGUAAUUAAUAGUGCAAGUCUACGAGCAAACUACUGGGCGCUUGUACAGGUUUGUACAAGCUUGUACAAGCCUUGGGAAUGGGACGAAUUCUUGCAGAGCGACGGAGCGCCAGUCCAUCAGGGAACUCAUGAGUACUUGGUAUGGUAG